AUGUGUUCAUUUAAUUUAGAGCCACCAGAAUUCAUCAUCUACCCCAGAGAUGAAGUGAUAACAGGGGAAGAUAAUACCCUCAUCUGCUUCAUCAAUCGCUUUUUUCCUCCUUUGAUCAACAUUAAGUGGACCAAGAAUGAUGUAGAAGUAACAAUGGAAGACCCUUUCAUCAAAACUUUGUCCAAUCCUGAUGGGACCGCUUAUGUUUUGUCCUACCUCAACUUUGUGCCAGAGAAAGGAGACAUCUACAGUUGCACUGUGGAACAUGAAGCAAUGGAUGAGCCUCAGACCAAGUUUUGGGAGGUUGAAACAGAUGAGAUCAGCAAAGGUCCAGCUGUCUUCUGUGGAUUUGGCCUGAGUCUUGGAUUGCUUGGAGUUUUCAUAGGAACCUGCUUUUUUUUUAAAGCAGUGCACUCUGGUCCCACUGCUUGAGAUGUAUACUACAUAUUGUAUAGAGCUGCAUAAUCCUUUGUUUGUUUCCAGCAGGCAUAACUUUCAUCUGUGGUUACUGACAAACCUGAACUGUCUCGUAUUUGCAUCACCUGUGUAAUGGCAUUAACGGCUCAUAUGCUGUUAAAAAUAAAACCAUCGUUCUUUGGCUGA